GUGACCACUAGGUCACACCCCGCUAUCUCCCCCCAUCCCAGCCGGGAGCGCUGGAGGAGGACCCUCCGGCUCCCUUUAGGGACUUCCCCCGUCCAGCUCGGGUUCUGGUUCUGCGCUCCGUCCUCCCAGCCACAAGGUGCCCCCAGACCCCCGGCUCCUCUUCCGCCGCCGUCAGAGCAUCGUUCUCUCUCCCUCUCUCCGCCGCUUCCUGCUCCGGGAAUCCGCGCUCUGAGCUCUGGGGCCGAGGCGCCCGAGGCUUCCCGGCGCGCUCGGCCAGCUCUGUGUCCGCAGGUGCUGUGCAGCCUGGGGGGCUGGCUCUCACUCUACAUCUCUUUCUGCCGCCUGAAUAAGCACCGAAGCUUUGAGUGGAGCUGCCGGCUGGUGACGUUCACCCAUGGAAUCCUCUCCAUAGGCUUCUCGGCUUAUAUUGGCUUCAUUGAUGGCCCUUGGCCUUUUACCCACCCAGGCUCACCCAAUACUCCUCUCCAAGUGCACGUUCUGUGUCUCACCUUGGGCUACUUCAUCUUCGACUUGGGCUGGUGCAUCUACUUCCAGUCCGAGGGGCCCCUGAUGCUGGCUCACCACACGCUCAGUAUCCUGGGCAUCAUCAUGGCCCUGGUGCUCGGGGAGUCAGGCACAGAGGUCAACGCGGUCCUCUUUGGAAGUGAGAUCACCAACCCCUUGUUGCAGAUACGCUGGUUUCUCCGAGAAACAGGCCGCUACCACAGUUUCACUGGCGAUGUGGUGGACUUCCUCUUCGUGGCCCUGUUUACCGGAGUGAGGAUUGGUGUAGGAGCUCGCCUCCUUUUCUGCGAACUAGUCUCCCCCAAGCCCAGGUGGUUUGUGAAGGUUGGGGGAGUAGCGAUGUACGCUGUGUCUUGGUGUUUCAUGUUCAGCAUCUGGCGCUUUGCAUGGAGGAAAAGCAUCAAGAAAUACCAUGCCUGGAGAACCAGGCGGGGCGAGGAGCGACAGCUGAAGCAGAACGGCCAUCUCAAAACGCACUAGCCAUGACUUUGUCCAGACAGUGGGUCAGGGUUAGUCGGCCGCGGGACCCAGGUCUGAGAUACGGUGUUACAGAACCAUGCUUCCAGUGAAGUUAGGUUUCAAAAAAGGGCUAAACCUUACCAGUUCAACCUUUGGUCAGUCUGCAAAUGGAGCCCAUACCAGUAUUAAAACACGAACUUCCACCAUAGCACGGUUGUAGAAAAGCGAAACUACGUGGUGGUAGUUGUGAGUAUGUCACUGUGAGGUGAGCAAUGCUGCAUUCCUUUUAGUUCCUGGUGUCCCUGGGUCCUCUUGUCUCUGGGAUGCCUGAUGGCUAGACAGCUCAGGAGGGAAUUUGAGAAUUCCUUUGAGAAUUGACUCCUGAGCAAACUCAUUCCUGCUUUCCAUGUAGCAAUUUUUUUUUUUUAAGAUUUUAUUUAUUUAUUUGACAGAGACACAGUGAGAGAGGGAACACAAGCAGGGGGAGUGGGAGAGGGAGAAGCAGGCUUCCUACGGAGCAGGGAGGCUGAUGUGGGACUCUAUCCUAGGACCCCGGGAUCAUGACCUGAGCCGAAGGCAUACGCUUAAUGCCUGAGCCACCCAGCCACCCCUCCAGGUAGCAAUUUUUUUUUUAAAUUUUAUUUAUUUGACAGAGAGAGAUCACAAGUAGGCAGAGAGGCAGGCAGAGAGGGGCAGGCUCGAUCCCAGGACCCUGGGAUCAUGACCUGAGCCAAAGGCAGAGGCUUUAACCCACUGAGCCACCCAGGCGCCCCUCUAGGUAGCAAUUUUAAAUGAGGUCACCCCAUUUACUAUAAAGGGAGGGACUUUCAGGAAGAAAAUGUCUGACAUUCUGAGUAUCAGAUCAGGGAACUGGUUAUGCUUACACAAAGGGAAGAGCAGAGAAAAGGAGGGGGUGAAACUGGCGGUGGGGGUGGGUCACUUCUUGAGGACCCCCUAUACCAACUGUUGAGGGUCCCCAAGACACCCCCAGGUUUAGUGCUUUGCUUGGAGGAUUCCCAUGACUCAGAAUGUAGUCAGGCUCCUAGCUGUGAUUAAUUACAGUGAAAGGGUACAAAGAGAGCAGCAAAGGGACAAGGUGCCUAGGGCGGAGUCCAAGGGAAACCAGGCCCAAGCUUCCAGAACCCUCUCCAAAAGUGGGAUCACCCAGGAUGUGCUUAAUUGCUCUAACAACAGUUUGUGGCCAUAUGUGUAAAAUAUCCAACAAGGAAGCUCAUUAGAUGCUCAGUGCCCAAGUGUUUUAUUGGGGCCCAUGCCCGGCAUGGAGCAAAAUUCCUGACUCUCAGCAGGAAGGUAGGUGUUCAGCUGUACCAUAUUGUUUGCACAAACAAUUUAGGCACAGUGGGCUAUUCUCAGCAGUUGGUGGAGGGGGUGCUCCUGAAAUCGAAAUCGAAGUUCCUAGAUGCCAGCCAAGGGCCAGCCUUGCAGGUGGGCCUUCCCAAGGACAGGAGUUCAGGUCUGCCCUGUUAACUCUUUCCUGCACGAAAACCAGAGAGCUAGGGCUUUGGAUGAGAGAUGAAUGAGAUGUGGACAGAUUUACCAAGUCCUGUUGUACGGGUUCUGCCCUACCAGGAAAACCAUGCCAAUUCUCAGGGCUUUUGUGCAUUAAUCUCCCAGGCAUGAGAGACUGGGAGUGAAUUCCAUAGGGAUUUACCAUGUGGAUUCCACAGUGCUUGAGAUGGCAGUUCAAGUUUCAGUUCUGCUCUACAUACUGCAGACCAGAACCAGUCAAGUGUGCUGGCCGCAGGGUGAUGAGGCUAAUUUUUAAAAUUUCAUAUACAUUCCCUUUAGCCCUCUAAACUACCUUUUCUUUUCUUUUUAAGAUUAUCUAUUUGAUGGAGAGAGGCAGAAAGGCAGGCAGAGAGAGAGGGCGGGGGGAGCAGGCUGCCUGCUGAGCAGAGAUCCCGAUGCGGGGCUCAAUCCCAGGACCUCGAUCCCAGGACCCCAGGAUCAUCACCUGAGCCGAAGGCAGAAGCUUAACCCACUGAGCCACUCAGGCAUCCCUUAACUACCUUUUCUUUUCACUGAAAAAGGCGCCCUUCUCUGUGGAUAAAAUAUGACAAGGGCUGUCUUGGAAGGGAACAAAGUAUUUCUUAGUCCAGUAGACUCUAAUCUCACCCAAGGAAAGCAAGAAAUGUAAGCUUAGAACGAGAGGUUAGGAAUCCAUACUUUCUGGGUUCUUUUAACUAAUUUGGCUACUCACUUGCCAGAUUGAUUGGGCAGGUCGCUUGUGUACUCUUUGUCUCGGGUUUAUACCCCGUUGUGAAUGAAUGAAAUACCCCAUUGUGUAUUUCACAGCAACACUGGCAUUUUAUUAAGGGGUAUCUUUAAUGUAGGACUUUUAUGGAAAAAGAAAUUAAGUAUUAUUUAUUUAUUUAUUGUUUAUUUAUUUAUUUGAUUAAUGUAUUAUGUUAUUUAGACCACUGGGGAUUGGUAUGCUCAGUUACUGAGCAAAUGUGUGGGGCCACUGAAGGCUAAGCCUAAGUCAGUAGAAAGUCUCCACCCAUUCUAUGGUCACUGGUAAUACUAACUUAAUGAGUGGUCUUGAAAAUGGAAGUCAGUGGCCAGACGUGGUGGAGCAUUGGAACUGCAUAAAGUCAUCGUUGCUCUGGCAAAAGCAGCUUCCAAGGCAUGUUAACAGUGGGUCUUUUAAAAGGACUGUCAUCUGGUUAACGAGGUUUGCUGCACAUGGAAGUAAUCUGACAGUAGCGUCUCCGUCUCUUUUCUUCUGUGAUCAGGAUCCCCAGAAGGCUGGUGAGAGUCUUUCCAACAAAACUGUGGUCGAAGUUGGAUGCUAGGGAAUGCUGAUUUUAGCAAAAGCCUAGUAAAAAAAGAGUGGCUUGGCGCAGGAGCUUAAAAAAAGAAAAGAAAAAGCUGGCUCUUGAAUUUUGGCACAGUGCAACCUGUUCCAUACCAGACAAAUGAAUAGGCUUAAUCUGGUACCAAUUUUUUUUUCUUUUUACUCCUCAGAAGUGAAGGGAUUGCAGAUCUUGCUGUUUUAGGGGUACUCUGAUGGGAAUAUACUUGGGUGUCUUUUGGAAUUUGAAUAACCUAAAUAAUAAGAGAAGAAAAAUUGUUCAUUUCAGCUUUUCUUGAUGUUUUAACUAGUAACUAUGAAGGAAACUCCCUGAGAGAAAAAUGGGACAUGAAGGUGAGUCAGCAGUUAAGAUGCCGGGUUUCUACGUCACAGAUAAAUGAAGGGCUAAUUAACAUGUGAUAUGGUCCAACAAAAUGAAGUAUUUUACUCAUUUGCCUUUGGAUUACUAUGUAAUAAUUCCUAACACUGCUCAAGAAAUAUUUAUAUUUCAAUGAGAUUUGUACUAAAUUUUAUAAAAAUAAACUUUUUUAUCAACCCAA